AUGACGACAGUACGAUAUCGACUGGUAUUCAACGCCCCACCAUCGGCAGUAGCAGCAUGCAAAGCGGCGAUAUUUGCUGCCGGCGCUGGCCGCUAUCCCGGGCCCGGUAACUACACGGAAUGCUGCUGGACGACUGCUGGGAAAGGCCAGUUUCGCCCUGGCGACGCGGCGAAUCCCCACAUUGGGAUGGUGGGCGCACUGGAGAAAACCGACGAGAUCAGGGUCGAAACGCUGUGUGUUGGGGAGGAGGUCGCUAGAAAGGCUGUUGCUGCAUUGAAAAAGGCGCAUCCGUAUGAGGAGCCCUCUUAUGGGGUUUAUAGGAUGGAGGAUUUUUAA